GAUUGGGAAGCAGUCAUAGUACAGUCAGCAUAUACAUUGAUACAUCUUGUUAUUUAUGUUAUAUUAUUGUUUAGAACUGGUACAGAUCUAAAUAAGGCAGUGUUUACAGAUAAGGAUAAAGAUUAUACUUAUCUAAUAUGGACACAUAGUUUGUUUGCAUUGACAUUCAUAACAUACUUUAUUGCUGCUAAUAAGCGACCUGGUUGUAUCAUAAGAUCAAAGCAUUGCAAGCGUUGCAAUGCAUGUAUAUUGAAGUAUGAUCAUCAUUGCUUCUUCAUUGGCCAAUGUGUUGGCCUUCACAAUCACAAAGCCUUCUGCCUCUUCCUUCUCGUACAGACACUAUUGCUUGCACUUGGUUUCCAAAUUACAUUGAGUGGAAUACAUAGUGCAGAAUCACCAAUGGAUUGGGUCAAAGCUAACAUUGCCAUGUGGCUACCGACUGUGUUGACAUUCGCAAGUUCAUUCAUGCCAUUUGGAUUGCUUUGCUAUCACAUCUAUCUCAUUGUUACCAAUCAGACAUCAUGGGAGGCUCAAAAGUACGACAGGAUCACAUAUCUCAAGCGAUGCAAGGGCAUGCCCUACCCAUUCAGCAAGGGUGUCACCAAGAACAUUGCCUCCUUUUGGACUGAGAACAAGGGCUCCCCUUACUGGACCCUGCCCAGCCCUGCAGACAUCCAACGAUACAAGGACGACAAGAAGCGACGCACUCAAACAUGGUUAUACAGGUUGUGGAAGAAUGAAUACUACUCUUGUUGU